AUGUCGAAGGGUUUCAAUCUGAAUUUUUAAAAUGCAAACGUAAUGACUUUUGAAUAAGAAAAUGAUUUAUUUGCUGGUUAGAGUAUAAAGUAAGCUAGUUAAAAUUUUAAUUAGAGGAGAGUUAUUACGAUUUAGAGUUAGUUUAAGGUUGGAUAAGAUGUUGAAUGGGCUAAGAAAUGUGUGGCUGAAAAAAUAGACUGUGGAAGAAACGAUUUUGACCUGAUUUUCGAAGGGAAGAUAAUGCCAGAGUUCUUCUCUUUAAAUGAUAUCAAAAAUUUGAAGGAUUAAUCGAUCAUUGAAAUUCGAAUGAAGAAGUGA